CCCCGAGGCAGGAGCACACUGACAGACAGGCGGGCUGACAGCUUGUUCGCUUUCAGUGCUUCAAACAUGGACCAAGACAACAACUCAGAGGAUGAGUCAGUCGGCCCAGCAGAAGAGGAACUGCCAUGCAUCCCUCCAGAAGUCUCCGAUAGUGAAGCAGUGGAGCUGCUUUGGCAGAUGCGAGCUCGGCGGCGCCAGUCAUCUCCUGAGCUCCCAGAGACGGUGACGUGUCUCACUGCCCCUGAUGGCAGCCUCCUGUACCUGGUGGGCACCGCACAUUUCAGUGACAGCAGCAAAAAGGACGUGGCCACGACGAUCCGUGCGGUGCAGCCAGACGUGGUGGUGGUGGAGCUGUGUCAGUACAGGGUGUCUAUGUUGAAGAUGGACGAGAGUACACUACUGAAGGAAGCCAAAGACAUCAACCUGGAUAAGGUUCAGCAGGCCAUCAAACAGAAUGGGCUGAUGUCUGGCCUGAUGCAGAUUCUCCUGCUCAAAGUUUCAGCUCACAUCACAGAGCAGCUGGGAAUGGCUCCUGGAGGAGAGUUCAGGGAGGCCUUUAAGGAGGCUGGACAGGUGCCCUUCUGUAAAUUUCAUCUUGGGGACCGGCCGAUCCCAGUGACCUUCAAAAGGGCUAUAGCUGCUCUCAGUCUGUGGCAGAAGGCGCGUCUGGCCUGGGGUCUAUGUUUCCUGUCAGACCCAAUCAGUAAAGAGGACGUAGAGAAGUGCAAACAGAAAGACCUGCUGGAACAGACCAUGUUGGAGAUGAUCGGGGAGUUUCCCGCUCUCCAUCAGACCAUUGUGGCUGAAAGAGACAUCUACCUCACACACACGCUCCGCCAGGCUACACGUUGUGUGGAGGCCCCCCCUAAUGCCCAGAAAGUGCCUGCUGUGGUAGUGGGGGUCGUAGGCAUGGGUCAUGUUCCUGGCAUAGAAAAAAACUGGGAGAAGCAGCUUAACAUUCAUGAAAUCAUGAGUGUUGCCCCCCCCUCACGUUUUGGCUGGGUGAUGCGCACAGUCGUAAAGGGCGUCAUGAUGGGAAUGCUGGGAUAUGCCUGCUACCGUGCAGGAGGAAGUUUGGGUAGAACCUUACUGUCUUUACCUGCUAUUCAAUCAGCAGUGAAGACUCUGCGACCACCACCCCCUGCUUGACCAUGCCAUCAGUGACACGACAUUUGAUUCAUGAAAAAACAAUGCAUUGAUCACUUGUGGCCUUAAAAAACGGGAGGUGAGGCUGGAGGAACUGAUUGCCAGCCAACACAAGGAACUAACAUGGACCUCAUGGGGUUUAGAGCCUCCCAUCUGGUAUUGAUGUCCCUGUAGACACAGCAGGGCUGUACUGCCAAAGAUACCAUGACAGUACUCUUUUGUUCUUUUAAAAAAAAAAAAUCAUAUUUUGUGCAAAGCCUGCAUUUUGUCAUGUUUACAAAUGCCAAUAUUUCCUUUUGAGAAGAUAAUUUCCCCCUUAAUCCAUGACAAUGGAUUACAAACAUGUUUGAUUUGAAAAACAUCUUCCAUUACCUGUCCUGAUAUAAUAGAUCCACUUUAUCCGAGAGGCACAUUUUCCUAAUGCGGUUUACUUGUUCCUUCCUCUAUUCUUGUGCCCUGCCAGCAUGUUAGGUUAUUGGCACAAUUCAAGUCCAGCAUAUCAGAAUCUUGUAUUUUACAUGCAGUCUAUGGGAGGGUAAAUAAAAUAGCAAAAUCCAUCCGUUUUUAAAGUUGGCAGAUAGAAUGACUCCUGGUAAAUGUUAACACAUGUCUGAAUUGGAGGGUUGUCUAUAAUUUCCUUGUUUGUUUUUUUCUUUUUAAUCCAGUACAUUAGAUCUAUAUGUUUGAAUUCUCACUCACAAAAUUACAAUGAAAUGUCUUAUGCAUACAGCCCUGUCCACAUCAAGUGCCUCAUAUUGCAGCUGUAAGGGCUAAUUGUUAACUGAACUGAAUGGCAAAAAUGUGUUGUUGUACAGAUACAACAACCAAAUUGUCAAUGCAACUUUGUAAUAAUCUUUCAUUUAUUUAUAUGACAUUUGGUUGACAAACUAGACAGAUAUUAUUGACCUAAAUGCAGACAUCUGUUAACAUUUUUUGGCAUCAGUUAAACAAUACCACAGCCCGUUAAUUGUAUAGUCACUCAUACUGUAUAUUGUUUAACAGAUCUCUGACAAAGGACAAGCUUAAAUGUGCCUCACAAUCAUCAACAGUGUGAUUUUUAUAUUUGAUUGUACCUCCAGUAUCAGGCACCUUCAUUCUUGACACAAAAAUAUGCACCGUAAACGGAAAGCCAUCUCCAAAAACGUUCACAUGAGAACAUCAGACUUUAAGCACACCAGCUGUUUGAUCUCAUAUUAUAUAUGCAUACUCACUUCCUGGUCUGAUUGUAAAAUGGGAACAAGGGAUUGGUUGAAUAGGUGGAUUUUAAAAGUUUUAAGUUGUUGACAUGAUUUUCUAUCAAGGGAAAUACAUAGUGGACAUGUUUUGACCAUUAUGAAGGAAAUGGACAAUGUGGGUUGGUCUGAGUUGGGAGGUUAAGCCUUACACUACUAUCACUGCUGCCUUUAACCCUCAGAUUGCUUCUGCUGAGGCAUGUUAUUACCCAUAAUGAUCUGUGUCCACUGUGCAGAGUUUAUUUAUGCACGUGUUAGAACUGGAUGCAUUGUGCUUUAGAUGUCCCAGUAAGUUCAAAAGUCUAGAUGGAUGAUAUGGUUACAAGGUUAUACCAACAACAAUGUCCUGGUUUUCCUGCAUUUAAUUUAAACUUCUGCAUCAUUAGAUGUAUUUAUGAGAUAUUUGAAAUGAUCUAAUGAAUUUACAUGGGAAUGAUUGUUUAAUUAAUUAGACCACUUGCAAAUUAUUCAUACAUGUCUUCCAUAGAUAAAUUGUAUUAAUAUAUAUAUAAUAACAUAUAUGUAUAUAGUGAAAACAUGAAUGACAGAUGUGGUCAAGUCUCUCAGGCCCUCAGCAGGAAAAUGCAAUCAGAUUGAAAUGCGUCUGUCUGCCUGUUCCAGUAUUUCUGAAUAUUUGAUCUACUUAACCUUUCAGAGUGGCCAAGAAAGCAGUUUGAAUGCCUUUUAUUUGUCGUAGAAUUGUUUUUUGUUUCCUAUUGUUGUUAUUGUUACAAAACCAAACAUUGAAUCCCAAAUUGUGUCAUGAAUUAUAAAAAACUUUAAAGUAGAUAAAAUAUAUUUGCCUCGAA